AUGCAGAUCAUCCACAAGACCUUCCAAACCUCCAAUGGACCCUCCAAUAGACCCUCUACAUUCUGCAGAACCUCCAAAGGACCCUCCAAUAGACCCUCUGCAGAACCUCCAAAGGACUCUCCUAUAGACCCUCUGCAGAACCUUCAAAGGACUUUCCAAUGUACCCUCUGCAGAACCUCCAAAGGACUUUCCAAUAGACCCUCUGCAGAACCUCCAAAGGACCCUCUAAUAGACCCUCUGCAGAACCUCCAAAAGACCUUCCAAUUCACCCUCUUGAAGUGGUCCUCCAAUAGACCCUCUGCAGAACCUCCAAAGGACUCUCCUAUAGACCCUCUGCCGAACCUUCAAAGGACUUUCCAAUGGACCCUCUGCAGAAGCUCCAAAAGACUCUCCUAUAGACCCUCUGUAGAACCUCCAAAGGACUCUCCAAUAGAUCCUCUGCAGAACCUUCAAAAGACCCUCCAAUAGACCCUCUGCAGAACCUUCAAAGGACUCUCCUAUAGACCCUCUGCAGAACCUCCAAAGGACUCUCCUAUAGACCCUCUGCAGAACAUUCAAAGGACUUUCCAAUGGACCCUCUGCAGAACCUCCAAAGGACUCUCCUAUAGACCCUCUGCAGAAUCUCCAAAAGACUCUCCUAUAGACCCUCUACAGAACCUCCAAAGGACUUUCCAAUAGACCCUCUGCAGAACCUCCAAAGGACCCUCCAAUAGAUCCUCUGCAGAACCUUCAAAAGACCCUCCAAUAGACCCUCUGCAGAACCUCCAAAGGACUCUCCUAUAGACCCUCUGCAGAACCUCCAAAGGACUCUCCAAUAGACCCUCUGCAGAACCUUUAAAGGACUUUCCAAUGGACCCUCUGCAGAACCUCCAAAGGACUCUCCUAUAGACCCUCUGCAAAACCUCCAAAGGACUCUACUAUAGACCCUCUGUAGAACCUCCAAAAGACUCUCCAAUAGACCCUCUGCAGAACCUCCAAAGGACUCUCCAAUAGACCAUCUGCAGAACCUCCAAAAGAUCCUAUAAUAGACCCUCUGCAGAAUCCUCAAAGGAACUGUAGAACCAAUAGUGGAACUGCAGAACCUCCAGUUCAGCUAUGUUCAACAGACUCUCCAUAAGAACUGCAGAAGGGAAAUGAACUGCAAAGGAACCUUCAGGGAACUACAGAACCUCUAGUAGAACUGCUCUCCCCCCAGUGGACCUAUGGUACCAUAUUUUUACAGAAUUUUGGAAUGUUGAGUACAAAUGUAAAACCUACACUUCACACUAUGGUAGAACAUCAACCUGACGUUUGAUAUCUUUUUUAUUGAUUGUAUGGAUUAUGCUUGUUGUUUUAUUGAUUUUGUGGAACAUAAAGGUUUAUUGAUUAUUGAUUAUGUGGAUUAUGUGUGGACUCAUUAGCACCACAGAGUUCUGGACGUUGGGUUCUCGCAGUGUUCUCCUGAUUUGCAUGGAGAGUGUAUCUGGUGGAGGAGGGAAAUGAGGAGUGUGAAGAGUGAGAUAAGGAGAAGAGUAAAACUGAACCGUC